UAUGCGAGGUCGCGGAGUUUGUAAUAUACAUUGGGGCGAACAAGUUUUGAGUUGCAUAUAUGGAGCUGCAGCUCAACGUCCCCCAUAGAACUGGCUCACCAUGGCCAUCCGUCGUUCCAAUACCGCACCUCAGUCUCUCGAACAUCAAGUUCGACCUGGUCUAGCUAGGGCAAAGUCUGCCGUAGAUGGCUUCAUUCCCCGCUUAGAUCAAACGUCGGUACCCGCAUCAUCCCACCACAGUUUAAGCGCCUUUGUGGCAACGGCGGCCUCCCCGCGCGAUAGAAAGGAUCCUUUCAGUCUUACGGACUUUUUCCCCGCCUCCUACCUUUCAUCUCCGGGGGAGCAUUGGGAGUGGUUACGGCAAGAACAAACGUUUGAACCUGGUGUUGAUGGUUCGUUGCCUGACACGCCGGGACCCGUCAUGUUCGCACGGGGGGCAGAAGAUGAGAUAGAGCAGACAAUCAAAGGGGAGGAUAAAAUGGGCGUGUUAUCAGUACUUAAUACUAUUUUCUUGACAGAGGAUGGGGAGGAUGAAUCUAUUGAUCAUGAGUCGCUAUACCUUGCAAUUGGCAGACUUGGGCAAGCAGCUGAGAGUUCUGGAUCUACUUGGUGGCCUAUACGCUGGGCAUUACAUGCAAUGUCUAGUAUAGUUUAGAUUGUUUUAUUAUUAUUAUAUUAUUUAUAUAAAAUUCUCACGAUUACACGUGUUUGUAAUUGUUUUUUCUCACGUCUUAGUUGAAAUCUCUCUUCUUUAUUUUCCCACCUCUC